GUUAAAACUGCUCUUCUUUGCUCCAGAUGCAAACUGACACUCAAAAUGGUGAUUUUCCUGUUUGGUUUCCUAUUUUUAUGAAUGAAGGCGGAGGUCGUGAGCUUUUUUUUUUUUUUCUGUCCUCAGCCACCAGGGGGUAGAGCGACCUGCAGGAACAACAGCGGACAGCCUCUCUCCCCUGCUCGGAGCUUUAUGUGAAUGUGUAUAUGUGUGCGUGAAUGUGUGUGUGCGCCUCUCUCUCCGGCAUAAAGGCGACGUUCAGGGCCAUAAACUUGCAAUUCAUGCCAUGGAGGAGUCCGCAGCUAGGGCAGCUGUGUUACCGUAGGUGGAUGUGCACAGUCGGGCUGCAGAUCCUGCUCCUGAACCCAGUUACCAUCAAGCCGAAGCAGAUCCUGGUUUAAGCUGGUCCUUUUUCUUUUUCUACCCCCCCACUUUCCUUUUUUCUUGUGCUCGGUGAAAUCUGACACAUCAGCGCGUUUUUGUUUUUUUUUUUGUGCGUCCUGCUUUUGGAUGGAUUCAGUCUAAUUGGAGUCUGAAAAAAGAAAUACUGCGAUUCAGAUGCCUUUAACUCUGAGCAGGAGGGACAACCCCUAAACCCCCUUUUUUUUUUUUUUUCUCCUCUCUCUCUACACGAGGGACACAGACACAGACAUCUCCGUCAUCUUCCACUUCAUGAAAAAAGACGCGUCUCGGGGAAAAGGUGAUCGCACAAACUGACGGGAACAUGGCAGCUACUUUAUCGGCGGAGGAAGAACAGGCUACCAGGCAGUUUCUGGAGGAAAUCAACAAGUGGACCAGUCAGCAUGGAGUGUCACCACUGUCCAGGGAAUUGGCCGUCAAGUUCCUCAUGGCUCGCAAGUUUGACGUCCUCCGAGCCAUUGAGCUGUUCCACAGCUACAGGGAAACGCGUCUUAAAGAAGGAAUCGUCAGACUUCAGCCACAGGAGGAACCUCUGCGCUCGGAGCUGCUCAGCGGAAAGUUCACCGUGUUGAGUGUGCGGGACCCUUCAGGGGCCUCCAUCGCCUUGUACACAGCCAAACUUCACCACCCAAACAAGACGGGCAACCAUGUGGUGCUUCAGGCGCUCUUCUACCUCCUGGACCGGGCAGUGGAGAGCUUCGAGACCCAGAGGAACGGCUUGGUGUUCAUUUAUGACAUGGCAGGCUCCAACUACACAAACUUUGAGUUGGACCUGAGCAAGAAAAUCCUCAACUUGCUAAAGGGGGCGUUCCCUGCCAGGCUGAAGAAGGUGCUGAUUGUCGGGGCUCCUGUUUGGUUUCGAGUGCCCUACAAUCUGCUCAGUCUGCUGCUCAAGGAGAAACUCAGGGAGAGGGUUCAGAUGGUUAAAAUGGCAGAACUGCGCCAACACCUCCCCAGGGACUGUCUUCCCCAGCAUCUGGGUGGGCUGCUGCCUCUGGAUGCCUACAGCUGGAACCAGCAGCUACUGGCGGGUCAGAACGGCCGAGUAGACCCCGUGGACGAGCUGGUGGGCAUUCCCAUGGAGGACUCUUCCAUUCACGUCCCUGGACCUGAAUCCAUGCGUCCGCAGGAGCUGCUGAUCCACCUCGGCAGGCUUCAGCGCUCGGGCAUCCAUCAGGAGUAUGAGGAGCUCCGCAAAGAACCCCCACCGGGCACCUUCCACUGUGCACAAGUAGCCUACAACCAGGAGAGAAACCGCUACGGAGACGUGCUGUGCCUCGAUCAAACACGAGUUCGUUUGAAACCCAGAAGGAACGAGAGAUCAGACUACAUCAACGCGAGCUUCAUGGACGGAUACAAACAGAGGAAUGCAUAUAUUGGUACUCAAGGACCGCUGGAAAGAACCUACGGUGACUUCUGGAGAAUGGUAUGGGAACAAAAUGUCCUCGUUAUUGUCAUGACAACCAGGACAGACGAAGGCAGUCGUAGGAAAUGUGGGCAAUAUUGGCCUCUGGAGGAAGGAGGACAGGAGGUGUAUGGUCAUAUGGCAGUGGUGAACCAAAGGGUGGACCACCACACCCACUACAACCACACCACGCUGGAGCUGCACAACACAGAGACAUGUGAACAGAGACAAGUGAGUCAUUUCCAGUACCUCAGCUGGCCAGACUACGGCGUUCCCACCUCAGCAGUGACACUGAUUGAUUUCCUGGGAGCUGUGAAGAGGCAGCAGAGGAAAAUGGUGAAGGCUUUGGGACCUCAGUGGACAGGCCACCCCCUGGGACCCCCGAUGGUGGUCCACUGCAGUGCAGGGAUUGGAAGAACAGGCACCUUCUGUGCCCUGGACAUCUGUCUGUCUCAGCUUCAGGAUGUGGGUUCACUAAACGUCUGUCAGACAGUUCUGCGCAUGAGAACCCAGCGAGCCUUCAGCAUCCAGACCCCGGACCAGUACUACUUCUGCUACAAUGCCAUUUUGGAACACGCCCAAAGGCAGGGCCUGCUCCCAGCCAAUCAGUGAGCUUCAGACUACCCGAACCCAUUCCUGAGCCCUGAGGUUUCUGCAGUGAAUCCAUUGACCCCGAGACAUGUUGUGUGACCAAGUAGUGAACCCAGGAGAGUCACUUUUCUCACAGAUGUUGUCUUUGUCAUUGAAAUUACAGCCGAUCUUCACUGGCAAGCCAAAACCAAGGCAAGACGCUGAGAAGAAAGGCUUGAGUCUCAAAGUUGUGAUGUUUCAGUGUGAUAACAUUCUGGCUGCCAACAAUGUGAUGCUUUAUUUUUGCUGAACAUAUCUCAUCAAAUACUGUUUGAGGUAGAGUGAAGAAACUGCGCAGGUGUCGUGCAGUCGUGUAGUUUGUGUUCAGGCACAUUGGGUGACGUGAUUGAGAUAAUGUUCAUUAACCUUUUUUUUUUUUUUUUUUAUUAUUAUUAUUUAUUUGCCACUUUAAACUGAUGGUUUAGUGAUCUGAAAAAACGUUCACACCAAAAUAAAAUAGAAUAAAAAAAUAUCAAUAUCCUCCUCUUAACCAGUGUCAGUUAAAACCCCUCUUAAAGUGGAAAACUGAGACAUCUAUUCCACUGUUAAACUCUUUCCUAAUAACUGCUGUAGUGUUUUCUGUCCAAACGUCUGCCGCUUUGGCCUGACUAGUUUCCAUAUACAAACAUACUAUAUUGCAUGCAUGAAGUAAGCACAAAAUCAACAUCAACAGAUAAAGAGCUAAGCUGGAACUGUGAGGGCUAACUUGUUGCGAGUCAUUGUUUAAUAGUGUCAACUGAAACGGGAAGGGAGUCUUUCAUUUUUGGGGUGAAAUAGGCCUAGGAAUUUUUAAAAAAUGAGCGCACAAUUUCAACUCCCAACGAGGAGCCUGAUGGCCACGUUUAUUCAACAGCAGCGCGGUUGUUUUUUCCACCUCUUUUGUCCAGUAAGUAGUUCAUUGCUGUGCGUUUUGUGAAGAAAGAUGGUACGUGUCUGUUUUGCUUUGUCUCCAGAGUGCCAUACUGAACGCAAAGAGGUGAAGCUGCCGUCGUAGACAAAGAUGUCCACUUAUCCCGCGGUCGCUUGAUGCAUUUUUCUCUGCCUUAGUAUCACUGAGUAGCAACAAGGAGGGAUAAAGCACAUCCAGAUUCAUCAGGCUCUAAAGUCGUUUGUGAUUACUCAUUAACUCGUGUCCUUGUGAAUUUACUGUCUCAUUCGUUUUAGUUUUUUUUUUUUUUUUUUCUAAACGUAAAAACCCAGGCCUACCCUCUUUAAUAUAGAGAUUUCCUGGCUUGCAGUACAGACAUUGAUUGCCUCUAUGUCCAUUUUUAUUUACUAGCAGUGCCAUCAUGCUGUAGUAAUUGUCAGAAUGUAUUGCUUAGCCUCACACACACACACACACACACACAUAUACAUACACACAUAUUUAGAGCUGCAGUGACUAUGCCAUUGAAGCAUACGUCUGUAAGUCAUCAGUUAAGACCUCAUGAGUAGUGCAAUACUUUUUUUAUGUUUUUUUUUUUUUUUUUUUUUUUUUUUUUUUUUACACAAAUCAUGUCUUUGCACUUUUAAAAGUAACUAUUCCCUCUGUGCUCUGAGAUUACAUCAGUAGAGUGCAAUGACAAAACUUAAUCCGUAGUUUGACAUGUGAUGCUGGGAUAACUUGAUUGUUAAAUUUAGUCAUGCAUAUAUAUAUAUGAAACAUUUAGUGACGUUUUGAGACUUACUGUAAAUGUCUGCAUAGAGCUUUAUUGGGACAAGUCAAGAGGAUUUUACAGGGAAACCAGAAAUUAGCGAUAUAAGAUCAUAAAAGGUUACGUAAGCAUGUGCCUACACCCUAUAAAGUCCUUUUUUUGGCACUUGAGAGUCAGAAAUAUUGUCUAUAUUUUCAGUAAUAUUGUGUUAACUUUACGUUCUACAGACUGUGGUUGUAUUCAAUGCUUUCAUCUGGUCCCAGUAUCUUGCCAUUAUUACAGAGUACAUGUACAAAACCAAGUGUCUGUGUGUGUCAUACUUUCAUUAUGUUGUUGCCGGGUGGGAAAAAAAAAAGCAAAUCUUUUCUUUACUACAGAAUUCAUAUUGAAUUUGCUUGUAGUGAAGCAUUUUUUAAGUCUGCCAUCGUCAUGCACUCUGAUUUUAGAUAUUAUGUUUUCCUUUCAAUGAUGGACGCAAAAUGUGCCCUAUUUUAUUUUUCUAUGGUAUUCAACAACAGUUUCUUAAAAUUACGCAGGAUAUACAGUUAUCUACAUUAAUUUUAUAUUUGUUCUGUUAUAACCUAUUACGUUAUCAUUCAUUCAUGACUAUUGAAUCAAGCUAUACUGUAUUAAAUACAAACUAUGUCAACGUG